UUCAAUUUGAGCCGCAUAACAUCAUAAGCAAUAUCCGAAUCAGACUCACCCCUCACCCAUCCUUCACCAAUACCACCAUGCGCGUCCAGACUACCAUCGCAGCCUUGACUUCAGUCGCCUCAGGCCUUCUGACGCCCCGUCAAUCCAACGACACCGCCACCGCAGCACCAAAUGUUGCAGCCGCGCAAUACGAUGGGUCGUGCUUCUACCCUGUUCCAGAUCCCAAGUUCAACCUCGUAGCCUACCUUGGAACCUGGUAUCAAGUCGCUGGUACACCCUUUGGCCCAACAGCAGGGGCCAGCUGCGUGACUGCAAACUACCAGCUCAACGACAAUGGCACUGUGCGUGUUCUCAACACAGCAACAGUAGGUCCUCAGUCUGUCAACAUCGUUGGCACGGCUACUCCAGUUGAUGCUGCGUACGGCGCUGGUGGCGCGUUCGUGGUCAGCUUUCCCGGUACACCUGGUGCCGAGUGCCCGGGACCGAACUACAUUGUGCAGGACUAUGCCAUCGAAUGGGCCAUCGUGCAGACACAGAAUUGGACCACAUUGUACAUCCUGAGCAGAGAGCGCCAGCCUACUACUGCAAGUAUUGACGCGUGGAUCGAGCGUGCGGUGGCUUUCGGCGCUGAUGCAUCGGCGAUAUCGAAAUUUAACCAGACUGGCUGUGACGCGUAGAGGUGUACCAUGACGGCUUCAGCUAAUAUCUUCUUGGUGAUUUUCGCGGCGGGGAGUAAUGAAGAGCCAGAUGUCAGCAUGUAUGAAAAGUCUACUAUUUUCUUCUCCUGAUAGCCUCGCGCUGACUGGCAUCCGUGCACCAUGGGAAGACAUUCCGCAGCGAAUGGACAGAUAACUAGACGAUAUCAUACCGUCAAUAAUUCAAUCAGGCAACGCAAAACCAUCAGAUGAAUGCAGGAAAUUCUUUACAAGCUCAGG